AUGGCCGAUCCCGUGGAUUCCGGAGACGAGCUCUUCGAGAGUCUCCGUAAAGUCGAUCCGAAGAAGGUGGAAGAGAAAGCGAAAGAGCUUGCUGAACGAGAGGCUGCUCACGAUGCAAAAGCGCAGCAGAGACUGGCGGAGCUGAUUGGCAUCAAUUCAACACUCCCAGUCACCAUCUCCUCCAUCCGAUUUAUUGGUGGCGCCCACACUCGGCGUUCAUUCCUCGACCGACUCAUCAAUCCCCUCCUCAGUGCGAAUAGAGAUAGACCAUACACAUUAACAGAGGCAUUGAACGAAGUUGGCAGCGUAGCAAGCAAGCUCCAAAGAUUUGAUAUCUACCACCCCGGAAUCCACACCUUCAUCGACCGUCCCUCUCCUACCGACCCUAACUCCACAGUUACCGACAUCGACAUCUUUCUCCAAGCUCGAGAGCGCGGCCGGAUAUCCUUGAAAACCGGCACAGAUCUAGGCAAUGUGGAGGGCUCAGCAUACGGAAACCUUACAUGGCGGAACAUCUUCGGAGGCGCGGAAUCGCUCACUCUAAAUGCAUCGGCUGGAACUCGUACAAGAUCAGCAUACCAGGCAACAUUCGACGCCCCAGUCCUUAGUGAUCCAGAUACAAGAGCAACGAUCGAUGUGCUGGCCAGCAGCACGCUGAAACCUUGGGCAAGUCACGAAGAAGUGCUGAAAGGAGCAGGCGCAAAAUUUAGCUGGGCGACGAAAUCGGGAACGAGGCAUCAAGUAGGAUAUACCGGCGUUUGGAGACAGAUCACUGGAUUAGAAGGAAAUGCAUCACCGACUGUUCGGCAUGAUGCGGGAGACACAGUGAAGAGCAGCAUUACACAUACCUGGCUUGCAGAUCGAAGAAACCACCCACUUCUGCCCAACCGUGGCUAUUUUCUAAAAACGGUCUCAGAGAUUGCUGGUUGGGGCCCGUUACAGGGAGAUGUUGCAUUCUGGAAGAGUGAAGUGGAAACUUCUGGCGCGGUACCGAUUCCCAUCCCUGGAAUCAAAGGCGAUAGUGGGGUGAGCUUCACGGCGGGUCUAAGAGCCGGAAUGUUAUAUCCUCUUGCUGUGGGUUUUGGAUCAGAAACGAAGCAUAGUCGGAUCAACGACCGAUUCCAGCUUGGUGGACCCACAGAUGUUCGUGGUUUCAAGAUUUCCGGUCUAGGGCCUCGGGACGGACCCGAUGCUGUGGGAGGCGAUGUCUACGCUGCGGGAUCUGCAAACCUUUUAAUUCCGUUCCCGAGAAUUGGAAAAGAUACCCCUCUCCGCUUCCAGCUUUUCGCAAAUGCAGGAAGGUUGUUGGCUUUCAAGGAUAAGAAGACCACGAGCGACAGCGUUUAUAGCACGGUUGCACAGCUAGGUGAGGGAAUACCCAGUAUGGCGGCUGGAGUGGGUAUUGUGUACGCACAUCCGGUGGCUAGAUUUGAGUUGAACUUUAGCUUGCCGCUUGUGAUGAGGAGGGGAGAGGAGGGUAGGAAGGGGCUGCAGUUUGGGGUGGGGAUUAAUUUCCUGUAGAUGAAAAUGGAGGGCAAAAGGUGUGAAGUGUAUAUAUGUACAUUGUACGAUUCACGCAUGAUGAGAAGAGUAGAGAUAUCAAUUAACAACACAACUUUAGAAGUUCUAGGUAGCCUAGGAAGUAUGUGUCAGGGAUAUAUGGUGACGCGGCCUUGAAAAGUUCAAGCUGUUCCGAAAUUGGAGUGAAAGAAAAGCCUACUCUCCCGAAAGUCUGAGGAAGUGAAAUGCCAAGCACCUGGAAGAUUGGAAUUGGCAAGUCUUCUGUUGAUCGCUGGAUUGAAGAUUUUCGGUGGAUAAGGAAGCAAUGCCUCGGUAUCGGUCUUGUUGAUACCGACACGGUGGUACUGGUG